CUGAUAGAUUCAUUUCAAGGCCACAAUGUCCCAACCUUAUGUUGCUCUUCCUUACCGCUCUGAAGAGAGAAAAAGAUCUUUUACGACGUUGUCACUUAUAUGUGACGAUGAAUCUUUGUCAGAUGCACAACUGAAAGCCUAUCAAACGCGCCUGCAAGAAUAUCGUACAUUCUUGGAUGCAGUCAGUCGUUUAGCACUUUGUGGUAAUGUUUGUGUGACAGAGGAAGCUGUCACAAUCGGUGAACAUGGUUUACUGACUGGUGAAUCGUUGAAUGCACUUCAGCAUGCUGGUGCAAUAUCCGUGUAUAAUACACUACAACAAAACAACUGGGAAUUCCCUAUUUCUGAAGAGGGUGAAGUAGCUAUAGUUAAAGCUCAUGUACCAAUACCAGAUGAAUUUUUAGACUCAGAGAAACCAAUUCGUUCUGAUUGGCCAGCAGUUCAUAUUUCAGAAUGUUUUGUUGAAGGUGAACGUGCAAAAUUGCAUGGUUCUGUUCGUCCAUUGCGUACUUUUUUACCACCAACUAUUGUUUUUCGAAAUGCUGCUGACGUAGACGAAGAUGUAGCCGAGCCUGAAGUGAAUAUAAUUAAUUCUGGUCCAGAGGGAAGCAUUGAAAUAGUUCAGUCAUCUAAUGGAUUAUCAGUUAAGAAAGCGGGUAAAGAUGGUAAAGGAGUCGAAUACAUUCCAAUCGAUAAGUACUAUUUUGGACGUCAAAGCGGUAACACGGAUUAUGCUGAGGAGAAAAGUGAUUUUCGAUUCAAGUGUGCUGUCUGCCAGAGAAUAUUCUAUUCAAAUACAAAGUUAAUGUCACACAUACUCGGACAUGUUGAUGAAGAGUCACAAGCGUGUUUAGACACAGCUGACACAACACAAUGCACAGUUUGUCAUCAGACAUUUUCGUGUGCAUUUGAUUUAAGAGAUCAUAUUGAAAAGGAGCAUACUGUGCUGAACAAUGAUCCAAAUUCAACAGGUAAUGAAUCACAGUUGACUGCCAGCGGACAAGCAGCUUCUCAGUUAGUAGCACAACGUAGCGGAGAUAAUCCCGAUGAUCCUUCUAAUGCUGGUGGUGGUGGUAAUGUUGAUAGCAACAAUAACGGUACUAUGAUAUUAGCACCAAAUCUAAACGGUAUUACUAAUACACCGAGUUGUCGUAUUUGUGGUAAAGCAGCUGUCAAUGAAAUCCUCUUAGCACAUCAUCUCCAAUCAACGCAUCGUCAGUGUGAAAUGCCGUAUGUUUGUCGUUUAUGCCUAUUUCGAUCAUCAAUGUAUGAAGAUAUAUUGGAUCAUUUUAAAAAGGUUCACGAUGGUUCCAAUCAUCUGCUGUGUACUUAUUGUCUGCGUAUUUUCACGCCAUCUGAUGCACGCUCAAAUGUCCAGUCAAUGUCAGCCUCAGGCGGGGUUAAUUCUGUUGCCUUAGGCUUAGGUAUUGGACAAACACAAGUUUAUCUACAACACUUACGUAUGCAUCAAAUAAAACAUCAACUUCGUCGUUGUCCAACCUGUCGGCUGAAUUUCACUAAUAAAUCAGAUUAUCAAGUACAUCGUCGAUUAGAUCAUAAGGCGACUAGAGGUCCAGGUAUUGAAAAACAAGAACUUCGUCAGGAUUCAUAUGAGUUGGAAUCAUAUCGUGUGUCGAUGAGUAACAACAAUACAAGUGGUCAAAGUAUUGAACGUGAUGGGGAGAAUACUACUACAACUACUACUCAUAAUAAUAAUAAUACCAUAUCCAUUGGAUCUGUUCGUAUCAUUCGACAACAAAUCACUUCGAUGAAUGCUCCAGAGGCUGGAUGUGCCAAGAGUUUAGCUGUAAACUUCUAUCCUAAAGAUAUUGAUAAAUUAGAAUGCUUAGAAUGCGGUAAAUGUAUGAAUGAUGCAGAACAUGCACAAUAUUUACCGUGUUCAUUGUGUCGAUUUGCCACAUGCUGUAGAGCAGGUUUCCAACGACACUAUGAAAAACUUCAUAUCUAUGCAAAUCCAUCACAAUCACAAGAUAUUGACUCUGGUAUGCCAAUGAUACGCCAAGUUUAUUUCGAUUGGAGUACUCCUCCUCCUCCGUCUACUACUACCACGACUGCUACCACUACUGCUGAAAGCAACGAAAUUUCUCAAUAUCAUGAAGAGAAGAAUACUACUGUUGUCACGACAACAACCGAACAAACUCCAUCCAUUGUUAUAUCAAAUGGUCAAGAGUAUUUAGUGAUCAAUGAGAUAACAGAUUUGACACCGAAUAAUAAUGAUGGCAAUAAUCUACCUACAGAUAUUACCAAUAAUGAAAUGAAUACUGCAACAAUGUUAACAAGUGAACAAAGUCGUAAUGAUGCUUCAAUGAUUAAUUAUAUGCAAAAUCAAAUUGACUCACGCCUGUUCUAUUGUUCACAUUGUGGAGCUAAUCAGUUAGACGGUAAUAGUCUUGCAAGACAUCUUGUUGAAGAAUGCGGUACACUGACGGCUACAUUGAAUCCAGACCCGUAUUUAUUGAUUUCACAGUCGCAAACAUCGAAUGAAGCUGAACAACCGUGUGAAGAAGAAGGAGGAGAACAACAACAACAACAUCUACACGAGGGUGAACCACAGCAACAACAACAGGAGCAGCAGGAAUUAGCUCAAAAUGAAAAUAAUGUCGUAUUCGAUGCAACAAAUCAGAAUUUAGUUGUAAUCAGAGAUCCCUCUCUAUUGUCUACCGCUGGUGGUGUUGGUGGUGCUACUGCUGCUGGUGUUACCGAUGGUGAUGUUAUCAUGAUGACUGUAGACGGUGAUCAAUUGUCAUCGAUGCAACUUGUAGAACCAACAGGAGAUGACAACCAAACAGCACUAUUAACCGGUACACAGAUGAUGACACAAAUGACUACAAACGGUACAACAACUAUUGAUGUCACUGAUGCCGGUGGAGAAGUAGUUCAACAAUUCGUCCUACCUGAUGAUCUUCAACUUGAAGAAGGUCAAACACUGAUAAUGAUUCAAGAUGAAAAUGGUCAACCUCAAUUGGCAAUAGUCAAUCAAGCCGAUUUAAUCAAUGCUAAUAGCUCAGAAAUAUUAAUGCAAACAGAAGAUGAUCAAGCUAACAAUAUUAUAAUCUAUACAAAUGGAUUAGAGGGACAAGCACAACUCUCCGAAUCUGUACAACUCGUAAGAACUGGUGAAGAGGAGAAAGAGAAUCAACAACAAUUUAUUGUCUAGAAAAAACUUUAUUGAAAUGCUUACUACUACCAUAACUGUCUGUCAUUUAUCAAAACAAAUAUCUUUUCAUACAUCAUCAUAAUGUAUUCAUGUACACGUGUGUAUAUUCACAUUGGAAAAAACGCCAAUAAAAAAAUACAUAUAUAUAUUGCUAAUAAAAAUCUGUUUGUCUGUCUUGUAUCUUCUCUUUCUGAGAGUAGCUUCCAACCUCAUUGCCUGUGCGUGUAAGUUUUUUUUAAAAAAAGGACGGUGUUAAUAGAAUGGGAAUGAUGGGAUAAUAAAAAAAUAAGGCACAUCUGAAUCCUUCUCUUCUCUUUCACUUCUUAUUUUCUCUGAGAUAAUAAAUGCACAAAGGUGGAUAUACUCUGUCGAAUUCUCUGCAUAGGCAUCGAUGGUCUUGACACAGUAGUGAUGAAGCUUUUUCUUUCUCCAAUAUUAAUACUCUGUGGAAUAGAUUGUCUGACAAUUUCAAUAAGUUUACUACAAUGAGGAAUUUGCCCCUCACAGUUGAUGGUAGUAGUAGUAGUAGUAGUACUGUCUGCCACCAGAAUGUGAUUGAGUAGGGCAAAUUGUCUGUCUGGUGAUAAU